CCUCACUUUUAAGUUUUAUGAUCGAAUCUCUCUCUCCCGUCACCGUCGUUGAGAAUUUUCUCGGCGACUGAGUCUUCUUCCUUAGAAAAAAAAAGAAAAAUCAAAACUUUUUCCUUUAUAAAAGGGAAAAAGAUCCAAACUUUAUACUCAGACGCCAAUUUUGUUUUGUUGGGAGAGACGAAGACUUGUAAUCUGCUCUGGAUCUGAACCUCUUCUCCUCGCAGAGUUCACACAAGAGAGCCUGCCUGAGCUAGUGAUUGAUUUGCUUGCGCCAAGUUUUGCAGCUUUUAGAUGAUAUCCUUAAUUGAUUCUCUUUAAAUCAUGGGAGAGUGGGUCAUUGGAGCUUUCAUCAAUAUUUUUGGAAGCGUUGCUAUUAACUUCGGCACUAACCUUCUCAAAUUAGGACAUAACGAGAGAGAGAGGUUAGCUUUACAGGAUAGUGGUGGAGGAAAGACGACGUUGAAGCCCAUUAUUCAUUUUCAGACAUGGAGAGUUGGGAUCCUUGUCUUUCUUCUUGGGAAUUGCCUCAAUUUCAUUUCCUUUGGUUAUGCUGCUCAGUCUCUUCUAGCAGCUCUUGGUUCUAUUCAGUUUGUAUCCAACAUAGCCUUUGCUUAUGUUGUUCUUAACAAAAUGGUCACCGUUAAAGUACUUGUUGCUACGGCCUUUAUAGUACUUGGAAACGUCUUCCUUGUAGCUUUUGGUAAUCACCAGUCUCCAGUUUUUACACCUGAACAGUUGGCAGAGAAAUACAGCAAUGUUACAUUCUUGGUAUACUGUGGGAUUUUGAUUAUAAUCGUAGCUGUAAACCAUUUCCUCUAUAGGAAAGGAGAAGUGUUGUUGAUAUCUGUACCUGGACAAGAUAUUAGCUCCUAUUGGAAACUGUUGCUUCCUUUCUCAUAUGCUGUGGUCUCCGGCGCUAUAGGAUCAUGUUCCGUUUUAUUUGCCAAGUCACUCUCAAACUUGCUGAGAUUGGCCAUGUCUAGUAGCUAUCAAUUGCACAGCUGGUUCACAUACUCUAUGCUUCUUUUAUUUCUUAGUACAGCUGGAUUCUGGAUGACAAGAUUGAAUGAAGGGUUGUUUCUUUAUGAUGCAAUUCUCAUAGUUCCAAUGUUUCAGAUUGCUUGGACUUUCUUCUCCAUCUGUACAGGAUUCAUCUACUUUCAAGAGUUUCAGGUUUUUGAUGCAUUAAGAACGACAAUGUUCAUAUUAGGAAUGAUGUGCGUAUUCAUAGGCAUAUCGUUACUAGCACCUGAUGAUACAAGAGGCAACGAGACAAAAGACAACACAUCAUCUCUUGACUCAAUAGUGUCCUCGGAAGAGGACAGGUUGAUACCACAAUCAUUUGAAGAUGGACAUAGCAAAGACACAAGAGUAGCUGUACAAGGAAUGUAUAUGAAAGCUGCUGAUCUAAUUGCCAAGACAAAGGCUGCUUGUUUAGCAGCAUUGGGCUUUGGUGAAGACUCUAUCAACGCAUCUGCUAUUCUUGUGAUGCCGAUGGUAUCUUCCAAGAUUACAGGGUUUAGAGGAAACGGGCUCGAGAGGGCUAAGAUAUUGUCCAUGAGAGGAGGAUCAGGAUGGAGCAAACUAGCCAUGCAAGAAGAAGGAACAAGAAUGCUUGAAAAGACAUCUCAUCAUCACCCUUCAAAGGCUUAAGUAGACAGUUUCUCAGGUACAUUCUUCUCUUAGCAAACUCUGUUGUUAGGACCCCAUUAAAAAAAACAUUACACGACAUGUAUUUUUGCAAAAACCAAAAUAUAUUAUUACAUUACAUCUCUGUAUAUUAAAUUUUUUGUUUGUUUGAGGUCUGUUAAAAAGAGUUUCAUAAAGUACAAAUGUAGUGGAAGCCUCUUUCCAGUGGUUUAACUAAAAAUUCAUUAACGAUUCUA